ACCAUCUCCGUUGCAUUCCGUCAUGGGGCAGCGUGCAAGCCAGGCCAACACACCUUUCAAGGCCGUGCCUACGAAUGUGGACAAUCACCCUUCUCCCUCCGGCUCCCCGUCCCUCAAGCGAAGGCUACCAGACGCGUCGGACGACACGCUCAAGCCAAACGACGAGCAUCAGCCGCCCAAAGCUAAAAAGCCAAAGACCGAAAAUCCCUUCAAGCAAGACGCUCCUACCAAAAAGCUUGCAAAUGCCUCGAACGCUGGCGCUCAGAAGAGUAAGGUCAAUGAUGGCAGUCUCCGCUGCCAUCAGUGUGCCAGGCUCGUGGGCCCCUCUGGCAUAGCUCAGUGCACCUACAAGCGUACUUCGGGCGAGCGGUGUAUGUGCAAGUACUGCAAGGCCUGCCUGAGGAACAGGUACCAGCUAGAUAUUGACACCGUCAAGAGCCGCUCCCCAGAGGGAUGUUCGGACGAGGAGAAGGCCAAGCAUGCCCCGGGGACAGACUAUGUUUUCCAAUGUCCCCGCUGCAGUGAAGGUUGCAAUUGUAGAGCGUGUCGGAAGGCCAAAGGCCUCCCCGCACUUGGAGACUUUAACCGGGCCGCACGUGAAGCUGUCAAACAGGCAGCGGCCGCGAACGCUGCAGAGGCGGGCCCUUCAUCCGCUUCGGGCAAGUCUGCCUCUGCGUCUAAGAUCGGGAAGCCUUCUGCGAAAGUGAAGGACGCCAACACCAAGGUCAAGGCGAAGAAGGCGCAGGAUAAGACAGCAACCAAGCCCAAGGCCGGCACGUCUAGGCUGGUGCCUCAUGUACUCGUCCCGCCAUCCCCAUACAAGACCGGCCUGGCUGUUACGAAGAAGCCCCGGACCGUGAAGGAGAAGCCCGCGCCCCCUCCUAAGCCUCUACCGAAGCCCGUCUGGUCUCAGCUCUCCACUACGCUAACGUUCGAUAGCGCCGUCGAGCGUAUGCACAUUCGCGAGUUCCUCCUCCGCUUUGCGCACCUCACGGACAUCGCCCGCAGUCAUCUUGAGGAGCUCGAAGAGCUCGCCGGCCCUGAUCCAUACCUUGACAAGGCGGGAGACAAUAAUGAGGAGGAAGAGUCCGACAAGCCUAAGCUGGUCGGAUGGAUCAGCGACGCUGCGCUCCGGGCGAUCCUCAUCGGUCUCUUGACACUCCUGUCCAAAGACGCCUCGCUCGUCGAAAGCAACAACGAAGACCAAGACGAGCAGUCCCGCGAAAAUGACGCCUCUGCUCUUGCGGCCGCUAUACACCAAAUCAAGAACAGCGGCUCCCACCUGUCCAAGAUGUGGGCCGCCCUGGACACCUUGCGCACCUCUUCCUCUCUCGACCUCCCCUCCGCCCUUCCCCCACCCCCGAAUGUGGGCUUGCACGGGCGGAGCACACGCACGACAUCUCGCGAUCCGGCAAGCGCGAGUGUCCCCGUUAUCUCCACCGCGCAGCUCGUCCCCGUUGUAGGCGCGCUCGUUGAGGCGGCGCUUGCCACCGAGGCCGUCCGCGAGGACUUUGAGCGAGGCGAGGCGCAGGAGAAGGACCUAGGGCGGGCGGCGCGCGAGCUCGCCGCGAAGGAGAACGCGCGAUUCAGGCAUGAAGCGGACAAGAUGAGGGCGGUGAAGACCCUAGGCAUCCGCGCGGAGAUGCGUGCGUUCCGCGCCGCACACGACGCGGCGCUCGCGUCCUUAAACUGCGCGCACCAACUCGCGCUCGCCGAGUGCGUCCCACGCUUCGGCCCGCUCGGGCGCGAUGCCGAGGGUCGUGUGUACUACGCCGUCACCCCGGGCGUCGUCGAGCGCGAGGCGGCGGUGAAGGUGCUCGAGGGCGGCAAGGGCGAGGUGCGCUUUGGCGGGAAGAGGCGUGGGGUGGCGGAGAGGGAGGAGAGGCGGCGGAUGAAGUGCUGGUCGUGGUUCGUUGCCGUGUGGGGCCGCAAACCGGAGGGUGCGAUCGUCGCCAAGCCUGAUGGCGAGGAAGGGGCUGACGAGAAGGGGUACGGUGAAGGCGAGGUUGGGAGGGAGGAUGAGAAGGAGGGCGAGAAGGAGGACGAAGACACCGAGCGUUGGUGGGGAUUCUGGGAGCCAGAGGAAGUCGCGAAGCUCGCGGAGUGGCUCGCAAUGCGGCACGGCAUCAACCUCGAGAAGAAACAU